AUGGGGGACACCGCGGUUCUUCCAAUACGCGUCCAAAAUGUGUUGGAUAUGGAAAUCAUCCGCCUCAACCUGUGGUCAAUAAAAGUUAGUAACUAAGUAAAUGGGAUGCGAUUCAUUUUUUAUCUUGUCUUGAAUUUAGUUCAAUGCCAAUUCUAUCGUCCUGGAAGGAUUUGUCAGGAACGAAGACGGAACUAUGAUGCAGAAGGUUUCCUCCGAAGCCAUUUGCGUAAGUUAUACUUUUAAGUAGAGAAGCAGAAAUAUAAAUUUUCAGAAACGGAUGAAUGCCACAAUGCUGUUCGACGUCUCUGGUCGUUUUUUCGAGCUGACUGGUCAGAUUGAUAAAGAGUUUCAAUUGAAGAAGGGAAUGCCAGGACGAAUUGCGGAGGAGUUCAUGAACGGAUUCCCCGAAAACUGGGCAUUUCUAAUCAGCAGCUGCCUCUCAAACGAGCAGAGAAGUGCAAUUCGCCCGAUUCAAGCCGCUCCAGUUCAGCCUCUACGACCUAAAGAACCUAUAGUGACGUUGGCUGAUGAGACAGAUUUGAGCGGAGACCGUACCAUAUCAAGAAAGAAUAGUGACAAAGAGAGAGAAGACAAAGAAUCAACAAGGAAAGCGGAGAUAGAAGAUACUGAAAAACGGAAGUUGGAAGAGUUCCAGCAAGAACUAGAGCAGGCACGAAAACAAAAAGAAGCUGAAAAAAGACGGAAGGAAGAGCUUGACGCCGCUAACUUUACUUUCCGUGCUCCAUAUUCAGAAGGUCUGGGAGCGAUCACUCCGAUACGUUUCAACCGUGGGAAUGAAAAUACAAGAAAACGGGGACAAAAGAUCUUUGACACGCCUUCUGUAAGUUCAUCAGGAAAAACUAUGCUAACUUGUGUUACAAGUUUCAGCGUGAAAUAUUAACAUCCACUCCGAAGACAGCUCCUCCCAGAGAGCCUGAACAACCCCGAACAAUUGAUGGACCGAAAAAGCAGGAGAAACUGGUGACGUACGCCACUGAUAACGAUUUGUUCGCAGUUCCGAAGCUCCCCCGAUCGAUGCCGGCUGCAUCUCGAGCUUCUUCGCUUCAUCCACAUCCUUUGCCAACGUCUUCAUCUUCCGAUAUUGAUGUCUUCGAUCUAGCCGACUCAAUGUUCGAGACUGCAAAUAUAAACACGACGCCAGCUCGUGACUCGCGUAGUUCUAAACCAAACCGUCGAUAUGAUGACUACUCUCCUCCGAAUCGUUAUCACGGUCAAUCCUCGUCAAGCAAUACUUUUAGCCGAGAGUACGACAGCGGUAAUCGGUACCGGGGAAGACAAGAUGAUUAUAACGAUCGGAUUAGCAGGCGAGAUGCCACAUUUCGAAGAAAUUAUACGAAAAGAGACGAAUCGAGGAUGAGCAGAAAGCGGGGAUACGUCAGUAGCAAGUAAUGCUUUUUAUAUGACAAACAAUUUUACAGUACAAUUCUCCUGACGAAUACGAAAGAAGUAAUUGGCGAGAUAAUCGUGAUAUUCGAAGAGACGACUAUGAGGGUUCUGACUACGAUUCGAAAAGAUACAGGCCUAGAGAAAAUUCUUCAUUUUCCGGAAGAGUCAGUCCUUGAACAUUGUGUUUUCAUAAACAUCAGUUUUUUCAGUCCGUUCGAAUGGAAGAUGGCUAUAGUUCCAACAAAAAGCAUGAUGAUCUUCGGAACCAGGAGGAAUAUGAACGUCGCAAGAUGGACGAGAUUCUUCGAAAAGAGAAGGAAAUUGAAGCGAGACUGCGACGUUCACAGAAACCAUCGCGCCGCGAAUCCUUCUCUUCAACAGGUUCCCUCGAUGACACAGUCGACAUGGCUGCAGAGUUUGAACGUGAAAACCAAGAGAUUCUCGACAAUUCAAUGUUGGGCGAAAGGAGACCGUCCAAAAAAAGAAACAACGUGAAAAGGGUAAGCUGACGGGAUCAUUUUCAACGCGAGAAUGCCUCCCGUCUUGCGUCCACGCAACAAAAAAGUUUCAUAUGUGCAGAUGUCAGCUGAAAAACCGAAGAAAAUGAUCGCUCCGAAGUCACGUGCUGCUCCACAGCGCAAGAAGAAAUCCGAUCCGAUUGCCACAGAUUACCUCAACGAGAGUAUUGCCUCAAACCGUCCGAAACGAACUUGUGCUACUCCGUCGACUCCGGCUCCAAAGCGAGUUACCUGGGCGAGACGCGACGUGGACAAGCUGAAGCUCAUUAUUGAGCGCAACAAGCCAACAGGAAGUGAAACCGAUUGGGUCGAAGUCCACAGACUGCUUGCAAAAAGCGGAGUUGAGCCGACCGAUGUGAAACUGACUGCUAUUACUCGUCUUAAGUGGAAGGAGCCAGAAGUGAGGGAUCCAGAAGUUCAGAAAAGGAAUGAGGAAGAGGAAGAAAAGCGGCGAAAUGGUGUGAAAGCGAGAGUGAAGCAGGGAAUGAGAAUGAGAGAUGAGAUGCGUCAGGGCGGCGAGCAAGAAGCAGCUCCGGAGACUGCAGCCGAAGAGGUCGAGGACUACGAUGCAGCUGAUUUGUCGGCUGAUGAAUCUCUAUUGGCUCUUGCCACUCCUAUUCCGGCGAAGAGGAAGGGAGGCACCAGGGCUUCCAUUAUGCCUGAACCUGUCGAAGAUUCUCCAUUAGUCAGAGAGUUUGUAUACUCGAAUUUUCAAUAUAAAUCAUGCUCUUUCGUGAUUUUCAGAAAUUCUUUAUUUGCAAACUCCCCGAGACUCGACGCCACUAAAGCUAAGGAGGUGGAAACAACUCUGAAGUAUGUGCAGCACUUGUCGACAAUUCAGGCUCGUCCCAGUUCGAGUAUGAACAAAUCACAUAAUAAGUCAACGGUAAUCCAUAUAUAACUGAUUUCUUUAUGAAUUUCCUCUUUUCAGACCCGUGGAAAGAAUACAAGUAUGACUGUCGAACAAGGCGCUAAGAAAGCGAUGAAAAUAAUCAACGGAGGGAGGACCAUACACGAAGAGGACGAGGAAGAUGACAGCGAGGACGACGAAUAUAACUCUUUUUUCUGA